UUACAUGAAACAACACACAGAUAGACCAAGAGCUCUCAUAGACUGGCAGAGACAUUUGUGCAUCUGAAACAGGUUUGUAAAGAUUACAGAGAUGCGGGUUCAACUCAUUGUAUUGCUGAUCACCAUCGUUGGAAUCAGUGCCACUCCUACCAGCAGACUCUCGUGUUACAAGAAGAUUUUAAGGGACCGAAACUGCCAUAACAUCCCAGAGGGGGUGGACAGUCUAACGCCCAUACAUGGGAACCUUCAAGACCACUUCUGGGAGGGAAAUGGAUGUGAGAUGGUCUGUUACUGCAACUUUAAUGAGCUGUUCUGCUGUCCAAAGGAUAUAUUCUUUGGACCAAAAAUAUCCUUUGUGAUUCCCUGCAACAUUCCAUGAAAUAGGAAGCGACCAACUGAAGAAAAACAAAGGUUAUGUGAUGCUCUGUAAGAUAAAUACCUCUUCAUUCAUUGGUAUUUCCCAGUGUAAGGCUGAUGCCACACGUGGCGUUUUUCUGCUACAUUUUUUCUCAGCCUAAAAACACCGCACAACCCACACA